AUGAGUGGCCCUCCAACUAAGACUAAUUCUAACCCUGAUCUGCGAGUGAAAAUGUCUGAGACCGAUGCUGGAGUUACUUCACGGAAACGUAAACAGCCCGACUGUGCCUUGACAGAAAUGAUACACUCUGUGGCACGCGAACUAAAGGAGACAUUGAAGUCAUUCAAAACUGAUGUUGAUUCAAGCUUCGCGUCUAUGAAUAUAAACUUUGCUGAAAUCAAAAGCGACCUGGACUCACUCACAAAAAAUACAUCGGAAAUUCGCAGUGAAUUGUCUACCUUACGCACUGAUCAAGAAACCCUUAAAAAACGAUUAUCUGUUCUGGAAAACAAUGACAGCGAUUGUACACAGCGCCUUACCACCCUAGAAGUUCUUCUACCAGCAACUCUGUGGAUCUCAUACAACAACUGGAAGGAAAAAUCGAUACGUUGGAGCAACAAGCGAGAUCCUGCAACAUAG